CUCGAAUUUCGAUAGAUCUGACAGACUCAUGACCGAUUUUUCGCAAAUCGCAUGCGAGAUCUGUCGCACCAAGAAGCGCAAGGUAGUCCAACAUGUUCUCAAUGUGUUCAUGCCGGCCAGACUUGUACCUAUCCAGGCACUAGCAAGAGGCCUUCCAUCAGGCUACAUCGCAAGUAUCGAAGAGAGACUCGCUCGAACAGAAGCCGCGUUACUUCAAGCUCUUUCAACCAUCCAUGAUUCAGAGAUGCAUUCGGAAGCAGAUCAACGCCAUCUGGAUGUAUCUCCUGUGACGGACGAACAACCACGGGAGCUCGAAUUCAACGAGGUCCGAAUCGCCAAAGUCGAAGAGUGGAAAGCAUAUCCGCUAGAUGCGCAGGAGCAGCAACGGGAAUGGAUGCGAUAUAAAUCUGCAAUGAAUGGAUCAUCAGCCAGAAUGGUGCCAUCUAAACGCCAGGAAGAGGUUGUCAAAUCGAAAAGCCGACCGCCCGGACGACAACAGAACCGACAGACUGGACCAACAAGAAAGAGACAGAGAAUCUCAUCAGAGGCGCGAAGCACUCUGGAUUCCUUUGUCGACCACAGACCAGUCUCCACAUCAUCAACCACGUUGUCACCCACGAGACUACCAACUUCAACGACAAAUGAUGGCUGGACAGUGGAAAGAAUGCACAAUUACCCUCGUGAUCCAUAUAUGGGAACCGCUGUCCUGGACCUUUUGCCUCAAGACCAAGACACUCAAUCUCCAGCGCGGCAUCUUGGCCCAAGAAAUCUUGAGUCAAAUAGCCCAGAGAUUCUCAAUAGCAGACAAGAGACGCGAUUGGAGCAAUCCACUAGUAAAGCCAAAAGACUCAGCACGUUGCACUCAAGGAAAUACUUC